UUUGUUUACCAUCACAAACUUCUAUUUUUGUCGGAAUUUGACCGUGUUUUCCUUUUUUGUUAGUUUUAAAUAUGUGGCAAGUCUGUUCCUGAUCAAAAUGUUCAUCUGUCGUGUUUGUUUAACCCUCGAGGAUAAUCUUUAUCCCAUAAUUCCUUCGUAUUCGACACAAUUUACCGAAUGUACGGGCAUCGCAGAUCUCAAAAACACAGAUUUUUUGUGUCCUUCAUGUAUUCGGAAACUAAAUGACGCCCAAACAUUCCGUUCGGAAGCCCUCAAGUCGGAUGAAAUCCUGAAAAAUAACUUACAGGACCUGAUAAAUGCUGAAAUCAAGAAGGAACCUGAAGAAGAAUUCAUCGAAGAGCGUCUUUUGGAUGAAAAUUUGUUACCGGAAAUGACAAAUCUCGAAGUUUUGGACGACGAAGUGUUAGAUGAAGAGCUUGCAAUGCCAUUUGAAGGUCCCUCAGGAGUCCUGGAAGUCACGUUGAAGCGAAAAAUCGUUCCGCCUUACGAGAAUGUGAGCAUUAUUGAGGCAGUUGAUGUCAACGUUGCGAAAUCUCUGAGGUCGAUAAAGGCAAAAAUGGCAUGGACUGAAGAAACGAAGAAAUUUCUCAUCAAAAAUUGUCCGUAUUGCUUCUAUUAUAACAAAAAUAAGGUCGUUAUGAAAGAUCACAUUCAGGAACACUUGACGAAGAAUGGGGGAGUUGAAUGUGAUCAUUGUGGCAAAAAAUGGCCUUCAAAAUUGAGAUUAUACGAGCACUUAAACAAAAUUUACAAAGGAGGUUAUAAAAGAAAUAAAAGUUUAUCUAAUGGCGCAAGGAGACGAAUGUUUGCUUGUGACUUUUGUGACCAACAAUUUGAUGAAAAAAUGUUAUUGGAGAAACAUAUGCAACAAAUCCAUCCAAAUGUUGAACAUAAUUUCCUGUGCAAUACUUGCGGAAAAACUUUCGCAUCGCAAAAACGACUCAAAAAUCAUACAAUUUCUCAUAAAAACACGGGAAAUAACAAAUUCGAAUGUCAAUACUGCGGAAAACGCUUCAAACUGAAGGCAAGUCAACAAUAUCAUCUUCUCUCGCACACAAAUGAGCUAAAUUUCACUUGUUCAACUUGCGGCAGAGGCUUUAAGACGAAACAAGCGUUGCGAGAUCACGAACCUAUUCACACGGGAGAGCUUCCGUAUCAAUGUGACGGUUGUGAGAAGCGUUUUAGGUCACGUGGUUUGCUGCGAAGUCAUCGAUUGAUUCAUUCUGAGGGCAAAUAUCAGUGCGAAAUUUGUUCCUUGCGAUUUAGGAGAACGAGCAAUUUGAAUGAUCAUAUGUUGUGUCAUACGGAGCGACGAGAUUAUAGUUGCUCGAUAUGCGGAACGAUGUUUAAGGCCGUUGCUUCGUUGAAGAGACACAUGAAAAAGCAUCACGAGAAGGAAAAGAAGAUGGAAGAGAAGGAAAUUUUAGAAGAAAUGAGUGUUUCGGGAGAAAUUUUGAUGGAGACAGGAGUUAUUUGAGAGGAAAAUAGUUAAAAAAAAGUUGUUUAAAAUACUCAAAAAAGGAAGCUAAAUGUUAAGAAUUAAAGUUUUAUAUGAGAAA